AUGCAGUUCGGGAAAUCGGUGGGAACUGCGUGCAGUACCUUCGCUAUCACCAAUAUCGACGACAUGUUCGUCUUGGUCACCUUCUUUGCUGAAGCAGCCAGCAGCAAGACUGUGACUCCCCUCAAGAUUACUAUCGGCCAAUACCUUGGACUCACGAUAAUCAUCACUAUUAGCAUGAUUGGCUUCGGUGUCGCACUGGUCCUUCCCUCUGAACCCAUUGGUUUCCUUGGUCUAUUGCCUAUCCUCCUAGGAGUCUGGAAGUUCUUCGACCUUCUCUUCCCAGUGGAGGAAGAAGACCCGGGGAAAUCCAAAAUCGCCGGGAUGAAGGCCAUACUGAAAGUUGCCGUCAUCACGUUGAUGAAUGGGGGAGAUAACAUUGGGACAUAUAUACCACUGUUUUCUCAAGCAAAAGGGGCAGAGAUAGCGGUAUACGUCGUCGUAUACUAUAUUUUGAUGGGGGUGUGGUGUCUCGUUGCCUGGCUGAUCAUGGGCCAGAAGCGUGUCGUGCGUCUAGUGAAGAGGUAUAUGAGUAUGGUGAUACCUUUCCUCUACCUAGGCCUCGGAGUGUACAUCACCGUUAAGUCGUCGUGCUACCCAUGGUCUAUCCAACGCAUUGAUGAUCAAUUCUUGGGAAACCCGGGCAGAACCAUCAUGGCUAUUGUAACCACGUUUCUCCUUCUGACGUGUAUUGGCUCUAUGUUAUGGUAUAAGCUGCGAAAAAGGGUGCCCCAGCCUACUCCCGAUAGCAACAUUCCUCUGGAAGGGAAUCAUUCAUCUACUCCCGACGUUAACAACCCUGUACAAAGGAAUGCUUCAUCUACACCUGACGGCAACAUGUUCCUUCAAAGGGACCCUUCACCUAAUUCAGAAGGCGCGGUCACAGCAUCACAGACGCCCGCUUAA